AAGCCGAGUGUCUGAAACCUGUGAAAUUGUGGUUUCUAAAGCAGUAAUGGCUUCACAAUAGACCAAGUAGACCACAACAACAGAAACCUUUCCCCUUCUCUUUUUUUCUCUCUCUCUCUCUUUCUGCCUUCAUUCUUUGGCUACUGAGGUGGAUAGAGGAGGGAGGUGAAGGGAAACAAGAAAAAUGGGAACUAACUCAGCUUACAAGUUGUGUAGUUUGGUAUUUUUGGUUGUGUUUUUGGGAUGUUCUGAGUUGAUCCAGUGUAGUGUGACUUAUGAUAGAAAGGCAAUCAUGAUUAAUGGCCGAAGAAGAAUUCUUUUCUCUGGUUCUAUUCACUACCCAAGAAGCACUCCUGAUAUGUGGGAAGAUCUGAUACAGAAGGCAAAAGAUGGAGGGAUUGAUGUGAUUGAGACAUAUGUGUUUUGGAAUGUGCAUGAGCCUACUCCUGGAAAUUACCACUUUGAAGGGAGAUAUGAUAUUGUGAGGUUCAUGAAGAUAAUACAGAGAGCUGGCCUCUAUGCCCAUCUCCGCAUUGGACCUUAUGUUUGUGCAGAAUGGAAUUUUGGAGGGUUUCCUGUUUGGCUAAAGUAUGUUCCAGGCAUCAGCUUUAGAACAGACAACGAGCCUUUCAAGAGGGCAAUGCAAGGGUUCACUGAGAAGAUUGUCGGAUUAAUGAAGGCUGAAAAUUUGUUUGAAUCCCAGGGUGGCCCCAUUAUACUCUCACAGAUUGAGAAUGAGUAUGGCGUACAAAGUAAGUUGUUUGGUGCUGCUGGUUAUAAUUAUAUGACAUGGGCUGCAAAUAUGGCCAUACAAACAGGAACUGGAGUUCCCUGGGUGAUGUGCAAGGAAGAUGAUGCCCCGGAUCCAGUGAUAAACACAUGCAAUGGUUUUUACUGUGAUUCGUUUGCUCCUAACAAACCUUACAAGCCGACAAUUUGGACAGAGGCCUGGAGUGGAUGGUUCUCAGAGUUUGGUGGUACAAUUCACCAGCGUCCUGUUCAAGAUUUGGCAUUUGCAGUUGCUAAAUUCAUACAGAAAGGAGGAUCCUUCAUUAAUUACUACAUGUUCCAUGGAGGGACCAACUUUGGUCGCAGUGCUGGAGGGCCUUUCAUUACCACCAGCUAUGACUACGAUGCUCCAAUAGAUGAAUAUGGUUUGAUCAGGCAACCAAAGUAUGGCCAUCUAAAGGAGCUUCAUAGAUCCAUUAAGAUGUGCGAGCGAGCUUUAGUUUCAGUCGAUCCCAUUGUCACUCAAUUAGGAACCUAUCAACAGGUUCAUGUUUACUCGACAGAAUCAGGCGACUGUGCAGCUUUUCUUGCAAACUAUGAUACAAAAUCUGCUGCAAGAGUGUUGUUUAACAACAUGCACUAUAACUUGCCUCCUUGGUCCAUCAGCAUCCUUCCUGACUGCAGAAAUGUGGUCUUUAAUACUGCUAAGGUUGGAGUUCAAACAUCUCAAAUGGAAAUGUUGCCAACAAAUGGGAUAUUUUCAUGGGAGAGUUACGAUGAGGAUAUUUCUUCUCUGGAUGACAGCUCAACAUUCACAACUGUUGGUCUCUUGGAGCAGAUAAAUGUCACAAGGGAUGCCAGUGAUUAUCUGUGGUACAUGACUAGUGUUGAUAUUGGAUCAUCUGAAUCCUUCCUGCAUGGAGGGGAACUCCCAACUCUCAUUAUUCAAUCAACAGGACAUGCUGUGCAUAUCUUUAUUAAUGGACAGCUUUCAGGUUCUGCUUUUGGGACGAGAGAAAAUAGGAGGUUUACUUAUACUGGGAAGGUCAAUCUGCGUCCUGGGACAAACAGAAUUGCGUUACUGAGUGUUGCUGUUGGAUUGCCGAAUGUGGGUGGACACUAUGAGUCCUGGAACACUGGUAUCCUUGGUCCAGUUGCACUGCAUGGACUUGACCAGGGAAAAUGGGACUUGUCUUGGCAAAAAUGGACCUACCAGGUUGGUCUGAAAGGAGAAGCCAUGAAUCUUCUCUCUCCAGAUAGUGUUACCUCUGUUGAGUGGAUGCAAUCAUCUUUAGCUGCACAAAGACCUCAGCCAUUGACAUGGCAUAAGGCAUAUUUCAAUGCACCUGAAGGCGAUGAGCCGUUGGCUUUGGACAUGGAAGGUAUGGGAAAGGGUCAAAUAUGGAUUAAUGGGCAAAGCAUAGGAAGAUACUGGACUGCAUAUGCUAGUGGUAAUUGCAAUGGAUGCAGUUAUGCUGGAACAUUCCGUCCUACAAAAUGUCAGCUUGGGUGUGGCCAGCCCACUCAAAGAUGGUACCAUGUUCCUCGGUCUUGGUUGAAGCCAACCAAUAAUCUCUUGGUUGUUUUUGAGGAACUUGGAGGGGAUCCUUCAAGAAUUUCUCUUGUGAAGAGAUCACUGGCCAGUGUUUGUGCUGAGGUCUCUGAAUUCCACCCAACUAUUAAGAACUGGCAAAUUGAAAGCUAUGGAAGAGCUGAAGAGUUCCACAGCCCCAAGGUUCACCUUCGGUGUAGUGUAGGUCAAUCCAUCACUUCCAUAAAAUUUGCAAGCUUUGGAACUCCUUUAGGAACUUGUGGAAGUUAUCAGCAAGGAGCUUGCCAUGCUUCUACCUCUUAUGCCAUCCUAGAGAAGAAAUGUAUAGGGAAGCAGAGAUGUGCCGUUACCAUAUCCAACAGUAACUUUGGCCAAGAUCCAUGUCCAAAUGUAAUGAAGAAGUUGUCAGUCGAAGCUGUUUGUGCCCCUACAAAUUGGAGGGGUUAAUUACGUGGAAGUACAAGGUCCCUUAUUUAUACUGCAACUAAUAAUUUAACAACACAUUACCUGCAAGAAAAGCAAGGAAGAACAAUAGUACGAGAGGCUACGAGUACAGCAAAGGGUUGUUUAGUGGGAUAGGUAAAGAUGCUGCAGUCUUUCAAACUGGGAGGCUGUGGCAAGGGUGUUUGUUGCUCAAGGCAAAUUAGUGCUUAAUUUAAUUUGGUUUAUGAACUACUGUAAAUUAGUCAAUCCUUAGAUAGGUGAGUUUGAAAAUUCCCAGGCUCUGCAAUUUGAGGCCCAUUGGUGAAUUUCAAGCCCCAGUCCUCCUCCUUUUUAAGUGGAUGUGGGCGGGGAGAAAGAAGUGUUUCUAGUGGUGUGAUUUAUCUUGUGUUUGUAUUAAGCGGGGAAAAAUCAAACCCCAGGUAUGUUUUCAUGUUGGGAGCGGAUCCUAGUAUGACCAUUGUUUGUGUAGUUCCUCCUUGAAUUUGAAAGAGCAUUCUGCCAGCUCAAUUUCAUUUUA